UAUGCCUAAGGGUCAUACAUUGUAGAGAAAUAAGGCAUUUAAGGGAGAAUCGAAGCGUAGAGCAAAGUAGAAGAGUGAGGGCAAAUUGAAGAAGAAAAUAAAGAAAUAAGAGAUCAAACAAACGAAAAAUAAGGAUGGUCAAUAGGAAAUAUAGAUUGAGAAAAAAGAGAAGGAUUAAGAAUAAAAAGUGAAAGUUGUUAAAGUAGUAAAUACAAAAAUCAUAGCCAUGUUUCCAAUGAAUUAAUAAGCUAACAUAGCUGCAUUAAAGUAUUAGAUGUGAUUAUAAAAAGAUUUCAAUUAAUGUAGCAUCUCAAUAUAUAAUCAGUGGGAGUAAGUUCUUAUUGCACUUAAGAUUGUUUUUUAAAUGUAGAGGCAAAUGGGAAAUUAAUAAAAUAACCAUUAAGAUUUAUAUUCUUGGAUAGAAAUGCUGAAUAAAUACUAGAUGCAUGUAAAGUGGCAGAUAUAAUAUGUCCAGUAUUAUCUUGUAGAGAUUGUAAUACAAAUACAAUAAGUUUGGAUCCUCAUAGCAAUGCAAAUGCAUAUGAUGAGUAGGGUUAUAAAUUGCUUAGUAAUUUGAGAGCUUAAGGAAUGGUUUAAUAGGUAUGUUACAUAUAAGAUUUGAAUGAAAUAAAUCAGAGCAAGAAGAAUGUAGUUAAGAAAUUGUUCACAAGAUAUUUUGAGAGUGAAUUUCCUGGAUCUCAUAUAGUAGAUGAUUGUUCAACUUUGAUGAGAAGUGUUGUUGUUUUACAUGAAUAAGCAGUAGAAUGGAGAGAUACACAUGGAUAUAUGUUACCUGAUGAUUUAGCUUAUGUGAAUGGAGAGUUGAGUAUUACAGGUACAUGGAGAGGAUAGAAUGGUUUAAGUGCUGAUUAAUUAGUACAUAUAACAGGAGUUGAUGACUUUUAAAUUGCACGAAUAGAAUUAUUAGGAAUGAUUGAGUAAGUAUACGAAUCAAACUAACCAGAAUCUUUGGAUCCAAUAUGUAGAGAUAAAUAACAUGAUAUUGGAGAUUGUGAUGAUCUCUUGAAAGAUAUAGCAGGAAUGCAAUUAUAGGAAGAGGAAGAACAAAUGAUUGAAUAAGAAAGUGAUGUUAGUUAUGAAGAUCUUGAUAAAGAAUUUGAGGAUGAAGCAUAAAAGAAAAGAGAAUAAUUUGAGAUUGUACAUAGAGACCCUGAAGAUUUAGAUUAUGAAGAUGAAGUUGAAUAUGGAGUGGAAGUUAAAUUGAGAGAACGAUAUGAUAAAUAUCAAGGGUUGAAGAAUAUUAGAACUAGUGAAUUUGAUCCUCUUACAUUUUUACCAGAUGAGGCUGAAAAAAUCUAUAAUUUCAGAUUUUUGAAAAAGAUUAAGUAGGAUGUUUUGGAAGAAAUGAAACAAAAGGAAUAAAUAAAACCUGGAUAGAGAAUAAAAAUUACAUUAAGAAAUGUACCUGAAUUGAUUGUGCAAAGACUUACUCAACCUAAUAAGAUAUAUGUUAUUUCUGGAUUAUUGAAACAUGAAAGGAAGAUGACAUAAAUGCAUGUGAGAUUUCAUAGACAUUAGAUGCAUAAUUGUGUUCUCAAAUCAAAACAUUAAGUAUUUGCAUAAAUUGGAUUCAGAAGAGCUCAUAUUAAUCCAAUAUAUUCUCGUAUUCUAAAUGUAAUUAUAUAUAUAUAUAAUAUUUAGAAUUGUAGUAAAACUAAAUAUGUUAAAGAAAUUAAGGAUGAUACAUUUUAUUUAGCUUCCUUCUAUUUUUAUAAUUCAUUCCCAUAACAACCUGUAAUCUUUUGGUAAAAUGACUUUGAUUUCAGAAACAAUGAAAUUAUGGGAGUUGGAGAUAUAUAAAGAUGUGAUACCUUCCAAGUAAUCCUAAAGAGAAUUGUUCUUACUGGAUAUCCAGUUAAAAUAAAUAAGAGAAAAGCUGUCAUUAGAAUGAUGUUUUUCAAUCCAGAUGAUAUCAAAUUCUUCAAACCUAUUGAACUCUCCACGAAAUUGGGAUUGAGAGUAUUUAAUUUCUAUAUAUAUUUUUUAGGGAAAUAUCUUAGAACCCUUAGGUACACAUGGUCUAAUGAAAUGUAUGUUCAAUAAUUUCGUCAAACCCAAUGAUGUUAUCAGUCUCUAAUUGUAUAAGAGAGUACAUCCUAAAUUUGUGAAUAUUUAAAUAUGAA